UUCCCAAGUAGGUUUAGUCCAUCUCGUAUUUCUCUAAUCACACGUAUAUAUAUAUAUAUUUCUUAAAUUUUCUAUCAUGGAGCAAUCUCGACAUUCGGGCUGAAACCGGGCCGAAUUCCGGUGGAAAGGCGUAAGACACUCUGUAUAUUCGUCACCGAUCAGUGAUCCAACGAUUAUCGACUCUUCGACAGCGUUUGUUGGUUGCAGCUUUUCCUUUUCUUUUAGCUGCUAAUAAAAAGUGCAUCAGAAAGUAUGGAUAAGCUUUUGUCAUUUGAGAUACUUCGAUAUGGAAGCUGUGCGGUGGUGGAGUUCAGAUUGUUGUCUGUAAAAAUUUGAGUUGCAGACUAUUUGCCAUAAUGAUCAACAUGGAUAACUGAGAUAUCCAUUCCGGGUUAAAGAUUAUUCUUAUGAUUUUGACUUGUCAACCAUUAUUCUGCCAGUUUGUGUUGCACUGAGAACGGUUUUUUGGUUUUGGUUGCAAGCAACAGUUCAAGCUAGUAUAUUAGCUGAAUCUGGGAUUGUUGGUCUAGAGUGAAUUUUCAGGUGUAUAAAUCCAGUAAUCUUGUUCAAAUUAUAAGCUGCGGGUUUGAGGUGGUGAAGAUUGUUAGUGCUGCCACAUUGCGAUGCACAAAUGUCUCAUUUGAGCAUGUGUGGGAACUGAUGCAAUGUCAGCAUCUAGCAAAUUUGAUCUUUCUUCUGGUAGCCCAGAUAGGCCAUUAUAUACAUCUGGACAUCGGUCAUCCUAUGAUGCCAAUUUGGGGGAUAGAUCAGGCAGUUUCCGUGAGGACCUGGAGAGCCCACUGUUAAGUUUUCCGAAUAUGUCAAGAAGUGGCUUAUCUCCAAUUAAAGGAGAUAUCCUUCACUUCUUCAACUGUCUUCGUUUUGAUCCAAAAUUAAUGGUUGCAGAGCACAAAUUGAACCGCCCUUCAGAAUUCAAGAAAUGGGCUAGUGCUGCUGUUGGUAUUCCUUUGGAAGAUUCUCUACCUGCUUCUUCUAAUAGUAAACAAAUGUGUUCUCGCUCACUAGAGGAACUCAGACGACUCAAAUCUGGUGUGAGAGAAUGUGGUACUAAAGCUCGGGAACGCCUGAAGAUAUUCAAUGAUUGUUUAUCUGUAUAUAAUAAAUGCUUCCCAUCUAAUUCGCCAAGGAAGAGAUCACGGUUAGAUACCUUGUUUAAUGAUAGAUCCAACACAUUGUUAUCAGUUAAUAAACCCCAUUCUCGAAUGGGAAGUGAUAAACUUGGAACCCAAAAUUUUGCUGGUACAAGUGGGCUAGAUCUUCUGAAUCACAAAUCUGAAGAAAUGACAAAGAAUGUCCCUCCAAGCAAACGUGCUCGAACUUCUAUGAUGAGUGAUAAGGUUGAUAUACGGCCAAAAACAGGACCAACUGGAACUGUUAGCAAGGAAAGGGGUGUUAUAAGAUUGUCCAACAGCUUUUCCAUUCGUGGUGAAGACCAAACUGUAUCUACUUCUGUUGGUUGUUGGGAGAAUCCAAAAACAAAGAAAAAACGUACACGUAUAAAGCCUGAUGCUGCUACCUCACUGAAGACAAAACCAGUGGAUGGUUACUGGGAACCUAAGCAAGGAAGGGAAUCUUGGGUUUCUACUGAAGCCAGUCCAAGAUUAACUGAUGCUCGUGGUUUCAGAUCUAGGAUUGCUAAUGGAGGUGCAGGAGUUGGGAAAGCUGAGGUCAUCUCACACACCAGUUCAGGCAUCCAUUUACCCACCUCAAGAGCUCCCAAUAGCAAUUCCACUCUAAAUGUUAGGAGAGAACAUCCAACUGGUCAAGAGAAAGAAGUGGUGGAUCCAAAAGCUUUAAACAAGGAAAAUUCCCAGGAAGACUUCAGUUCAGGGAGUCCUACUUCAGGCUCAAAGUUGAACACAAAUAUCCGUGCCCCAAGAUCAAGCUCAAUUGGUAGAUCUCAAAAAGCUCAGUGUUCUCCGUCCUCUACUGAUUGGGAAGUUUCUAAUUGCACAAGCAAAAUUCCCAGUGUCCCUGGUUCCAGAAAAUGUAAACCCAGACCUGUACAAUCUUCAUCUCCCCCUGUUGCUAGUUGGGUUCAGAGGCCUCAGAAAAUUGUUAGAACUGCAAGGAGAAAUAAUUCGCUGUCUAUUUUUCCUGGGAAUGAGGAAAAUCCUGUUACAGAUGUGACACCUGCUAUGGUGGUAAAUGGGAGGCAUUUCUCUGCCAAUUCUUCUGAGCAAGUUAAAAUAAAAUCUGCUAAUUUUUCACCUGCCACAUUAUCUGAAAGUGAGGAAUCAGGUUCUUCUGAACAUAAGUUUCAAAACGCGAGUAAGGGGGGUAGUGAAAUAAAUGAAAAAGGUGAUCAGAAUGUCCAGAGAAUAUCAACUUCAUUACCAACAAGAAAAAAGAAGCCCGCUGGCAAACAUAACCAUGGAGAUGGUAUUCGAAGAAAAGGACGAACUGUUCGGGGAUUUACUUCUUCAAGGUCUGUGAUUCCUCCAACAGUUGAAAAGAUUGAAAGCUUGGGAACAACCAAAAGAAUGAGAACUGCUAGGCUUGGUCCUGUCAAUACUGAAAGCAGGUCUGGUCGACUACCUCCAAGAAAGCCUUCUGAUAGGAAGGCUAAUACAUGGCAUAAUCAUAUACCUGUCAAUGUGAUGGCUGAUUUUCUUGAUUGUUCUGAUAAUGGACACAAAGAGCUCUUGGCUGCUACAAAUACUGUUAUAAACCCUGGUCAAACGCUCUCCAGCCCAUUUUGGAAGAAAAUGGAGCCCCUCUUCCGUUUUAUAUGUGAUGCAGAUAUCACUUAUUUGAAAGAACAGGUAAAUCUUCGUUGUGAAAUGGAUAUGUCAGUUCCACCACUACUUGAUGCUGAUAGUUCUAAUUUCCUGCCUAAUGGCUUUGAAUUUGAGAGUGAUGGAAUUGACAUGGGAAAUGUUGAAGUGGAUCCUGAACUUGCAAUUACCGGAACAAAGACCAGUGAUGGAAUUUCACUGUACCAGAGAGUUGUUGCUGCUAUCAUUCCUGAAGAAGAAAAUGAAGAGGCUUUUGAUGUUGGAAAAGAAGUAAACAAGUACGAUAUUUAUGGAUCUCAGCUCCAUGCGGAGAUAGAAAAAGAAUCAAAUGCUCUUUUGAUGUCGCAAGAUUACCCUAUGGAAGAGGGCAAUGCUGUGAGAAUUUCAGAAGCUGGCUAUGUUCCUAUGCAUGAUGGUUUAAUGGCAGACUGUUCAUCUGGCACAGCAUGCUCCGAGUAUCAGUAUAUGGAUAUGCCAAUGAAUGAAAGACUUCUGCUGGAGAUUCAUAGUAUAGGUAUCUUUCCCGAUUUAGUGUCUGAUUCAGAACAUGGUGGAGAUGAAGGAAUAAGCAAAACUAUAUAUGGAUUGCAAGAAAUGUACCAUGAACAGGUGUCAAAGAACAAAAGCUUACACGGAGAGCUCUUAAGUCAUGUUACCAAGGCUAAAGAUCUCCAGGAAACGGAGCUCAAAGGACGUGCCAAUGACAAACUUGUUGAAAUUGCCUAUCAGAAGUACAUGAGUUGCUUGGUUUCUAAUGCACCUGGGACGAAAAAUGCAAACACCAAAUUGGUCAAGCAAGCAACAGCUGCUGCAGAUUUUGUUAAUUGGACGUUGAGACAUUAUAAGGAAUUUGAGGCCACAGGAAAGAGUUCCUUUGAUGAACCAGUUUACAGGGACAUAUUUAUUUCUGGAGUAUCAAGGCUUGCAGAUGAAAUUCCUUCAACGAGCAACACUGAGGAUGAAUCUGAUAAACUCCAUUCGGGAAAACCUGGGUGCUCCAUAGAAGUUCGAACGUCCGCCCCAUUGCAAACAGAGCAGAGCCCUUCCUCAAACAAUCAGGAAAUUCAUUCUUCUGAGAUGCUUGUAACAGCUGGUCCGGCUUCUGAACCAAACACUGAUAAAGGAGAAAUGUGGCCAGGUAGAGUGAAAAGGAGGGAAUUAUUGCUUGAUGAUGUUGGUGGCUCAAUCAAUAUAUCUUCUAAUGUAUCAUCAGGACUUGGCGGUUCUCUUUCACCCAAUGUCAAAGGCAAGAGGAGUGAGAGGGACAGAGCAGGAAAGGGAAGAAAAGUGUUAAACAGAAGUGGGAAUGCUAAAAUCGGUCGUCCUGCAUCAUCCACUGGUAAAGGUGAGAGAAAGAACAAGACAAAACCUAAGCCGAAAAUUGCUCAUUUAUCUGCUUCACUUAAUGGUCCUGAGGGCAAAAUCUCUGAUCAAUCCAAAGUAAGUAAAUCAGGUGAGAAUGUGGGAACUGAUAUUGGCAAGAACCCCAAUGAAUAUGACCCGGACACGUUGGAGGAUCCCAUAGAUUUGUCUGCUCUUCGUAUUCCUGACGACUUAAUGGACCCCAAUGAUAAUAAAAAGGUUGAUUUGGGAUCAUGGUUUAACUUUGAGGAUGAUGAAUUGAAAGAUCAUGAUUUCUCAUGUGGGCUUGAAAUCCCAACAGAUAAUCUGGCAGAUUUGGAUAUGCAGAUUUGAAUACGAUGGUUUGCAUCAGUGUGUUAUAUUCCAUUUCUUAGCCAAUCACAUGAAGAUGCUUUGAUGCUGUGCAUUGAACAGUUGCAUACGGAUCGCUGGAUUGUCUCAACCAUAAGUAGGUUUAUACUCCUUAGGUUAUUAUGCCUUUGAGUUCCUGAGUUGAGAUUGUGAGUGAACCUUUGCGCCUUCAGAGUUUGCUCCUCUUCACAUUUACAAGUGUUGAUUGUAGAAAUCUUUUUGGUCGUGCUCAAGCUUGUAUAUAUAUAUAUAAUGAUAAAGACCUCGCAAACUAAUAUUUUUUAAUUGAGAACAUUACUGAUCAGGAACAGCUUCUUUUGUAUAUAAUUUUAUAUCAUUUUCAAUAAGAAUUGUGCAUUUUCUCA